UGAUCAUCCUAACCUUCUCAGCAAUGUUUCAGCGAUGUCUGCGGUGCUGCGGCGGCUGCUCAGCAGUAGGGGAAGUGCCCAUCAGCUGUGCGCAGCUUUGCGUCCUCUUUCCACUUCAUCUACAGCUUUAAAAUGGAAAUUCACGGAAAAGGUCAAAGAUGACACAACGUACGUGGGUAUGGAAGAAGUCAAAGAACCCGCACGUCCUUCGAGCUCUCACUGCGCGCUGUGUACGUGCAACCUUCCUGCAAAAUUGUCCUACAGUGACGUGCUCAUCCUCGAACAAUUCAUGCGAGAAGAUGGCACAGUUCUCCCUCGCCAGCUAACUGGUUUAUGUAAGAGACAGCAGUUACGAUUAGAAAGAUGUGUUAUGCAAGCGCACUGGGCAGGGCUUUUCCCAGAUCGGACUGUGCCCGACUUCGACAGAUCUGGUUAUAAACGAUUCAAUAGGUACUGGAACGAUGAUAUGGAUAUGUAUAGGCUGAAAGAGAAAAUUGAAGAUGGAACUUGGUACUAUAUCAAGCGAUACAACACAGGAAAUCAGCGAGUUCCACAUAGGAAAGCAAAAAGAUGCAAAUAGAAAAGUGUAGUUAAUAGUGAUUGUUGUAUAUGUUUUUGAUUGUUUCGGAUAAUAAAAUUUAUAUACUA